AUGGCGCCUCGUCAGGACAGCCUGAACAGCUGCUUCAGCGAGGUGACCGGGAGGGGCGACAUCGACGCUGCCUGCUUCCCGCGACAGCUUCUCAACACUGCAGGGCAGUGGUGCACGCCUGGCCACAGAUGCGCAGCGGUGCCCGCCCCUCGAAAAUCACCCAUGGAGCUACCCUUGCACGCUGAAGCCGCUCCGCGACUCACAGCAGCCCUGCUGGAGGCCAGUGAAGCCCUGUACAAGCUCACUGCUCCCUUAGCAUCUCCCACGGAGACAUCGGAGCAGCACUGUAGGCUAAAUGGGCCUCUGCAGGCUACAGCUGUAAAUGCGGUCUCUGCAGCGCAGCAGCCGCAUGCCAGCCAGCUGGAGUUCCCAUGCAAGCUGCAGGAGCGACAGGUGGAAGCGGACAUCUCAGACACCGCCUCUGAGACGGGCUCUUCGUCGACCCCGCCCCCGCGCAAGGGGCGCCGACGCACGCCCAUGUGCAGGAACCCCUCUACAAAGGCAGCUGCCAGGAAACUUCAACCGCCGCCGCCCCCGGCGUACCGUCCGGCGCAGACGCCGUUCCCCUGGGCGCGCACGACGGCCUCCAAGCUCGUGCAGAAGCUUCUGGCGAUGCAGGCCGCCGACUGGUGCCCGUCUCCUGAGGCGGUGCCUUUGCGUAAGGCCGCCAGGCUGGCCCCACUCUGCAGCCCCGGGCGGCAGACCUCCUGCCCAGCCGCGCUGCCUACCUGCCCAGCCGCCUGCCCAACCGCUGACCUGGCAACGCCGGCCUGCCCCGAGCUGCCGGCCGGCGCUGCCCAGAUCUCUGCCGAUCUGCCCGGCGCCAGCAAGGCGGGCAGCCUGCCCUCGGGAGUCGCAGAGUGGCGGGUGCAGGUCUGGCCCGUGCCUCAGAAUUGCGCCUAUGCAGCUACAAUCCCACGCGAGGCUUGA